AUGAAUAGACUAUUGAUUACAGAAUUAGGAGAUACUAUGAGAACAGAAAUGAAAAGAGAUUUGACUAAGACUAUUAAAUCUAAUAAAACUAUUCUAAAAACAUCAUUGCCAGAAAUAAAGAAUAAUUUUUGUAGUUCUGCUCUUCUUACAGAGAUAGAUAAAACUUAAAAUCCACUAUAUUAAGAAAGUCUUUCUGAUUAAGCACUUCUAAAUUUGUCUAGGGUUGCCAAUCUUUCUUUGUUUGGUCCAAAAAAUAGAUAGAGUUUAGAAAAUCAUUUAAGAGAUGAUCUAUAAAUUAAGAAUUAGAAAGAUUAUUUAAAUAUAUGUUUAGAUAAAUAAAUUGAUAAAAUUUUAGAUGAUAAGAGUAUUUGAAUAUAAAUAAUAAUAGAUUUAAUGAGUAAAAGAAAGAGAUAAUUACUGAAUGAAUUGAAGAAAUUAGAAGCCAGAGUUAAAUUGAAUCAUUUUUAACAUAUAACAACUGAAUAGUCAUAAUUUAGUACUAUAAUUGAAGACUAUGAUAGAAAAUAGAAAUUAAUUUCAAUAGUGAAUGCUGAGGGUAAGUUAUUAUAAUUGAAAAAAAGAUACGAAAAGUAAUAAUAGGAGGGAUAGAAAAUUAAGGAAUAAGUAAAAAUGAAUUAUUAAAAUUUCAAAGAGAAUUAAAUUAGACAUAUAGAAGCUAUGAAAAUAAUGGAACAUGAAGGAAUGGAGAAUGAUGUAAAGGAAAUUUUCAAGAAUAAGGAUUUGUUGGAAAAUAGAUUCAGUGAAAGAUUGAAUGAGAAACAUGCUAAAGAGAAAUAAUAAAUUUGGAAAUAACAUCACUUUCCUCAACAUAGGAAAAUGCUAUCAAAUUGA